AGGUAUAGAACAGGUUUCACCCUCAGGAGAAAGGAUGAAGUGUAUUGUGGCAUUCCUGGUGUUGUCCAUGGUGGUGCUUAUGGCUCAGCCUGGAGAAGGCUUUAUUGGACAUCUUCUUGGAAGAUGUGCAAGUGGUAUCUUGGGAAAACAACAAUUGGAAAAAGCAGACCAGCAGCUGGACCAAGUUGAACUGGAAAAGCAGGACAGAGACCAGCAGCGAAUGGAGAAACGUUCAUUUCAACAGAAGGACUUUCAACGCCAUUAGAGGCCUACCUGAAUAAGAGUUUGAUCGUUUGCCUAACCUGUUUAAAAAUAAACAUACAAUCAAUGUGCUUAGGUAUU